AUGUUUCUAUCUACUGUCUUUCUGUAUAUUUCUCUCAUAUUUUCUUUCUUUUCCCCUCUCUCUCGUAUUUUCUUUCUUUUCCACUCCUUUACAUUUCUCUCAUAUUUUCUUUCUUUCCCCCUCCCUCUCGUAUUUUCUUUCUUUUCCCCUUUUUUACAUUUCUCUCAUAUUUUCUUUCUUUUCCCCUCCCUCUCAUAUUUUCUUUCUAUUCCCCUUCUUUACAUUUCUCUCAUAUUUUCUUUCUUUCCCCCUCCCUCUCAUAUUUUCUUUCUUUUCCCCUUCUUUACAUUUCUCUCAUAUUUUCUUUCUUUUCCCCUCCCUCUCGUAUUUUCUUACUAUUCCACUUCUUUGCAUCUCUCUCCUAUUUUCUUUCUUUCAACCUCCCUCUCGUAUUUUCUUUCUUUUCCCCUUCUUUACAUUUCUCUCAUAUUUUCUUUCUUUUCCCCUCCCUCUCGUAUUUUCUUUUCUCUUCACCUUCUUUAUAUUCCUCUCCUUUUUUCUUUCUUUCCCCCUCCCUCUCAUAUUUUCUUUCUUUUCCCUUCUUUACAUUUUCUCUCAUAUUUUCUUUCUUUUCCCCUCCCUCUCGUAUUUUCUUUUCUCUUCACCUUCUUCAUAUUCCUCUCCUUUUUUCUUUCUUUUCCCCUCCCUCUCGUAUUUUCUUACUAUUCCACUUCUUUGCAUCUCUCUCCUAUUUUCUUUCUUUCAACCUCCCUCUCGUAUUUUCUUUCUUUUCCCCCUUUUACAUUUCUCUUAUUUUCUUUCUUUUCCCCUCCUCUCGUAUUUUCUUUUCUUCACCUUCUUUAUAUUUUCCUUUUUCUUUUUUCCCCUCCCUCUCGUAUUUUCUUUCUCUUCCCCUUCUUUACAUUUCUCUCAUAUUUUCUUUCUCCUCUCUUUCUUUCAAUUUCACUUGUAUGUCUAUUCACCUCCCUUUAUUUAUAUUUAUCCCAUGUUUCUCUCUACUGUCUUUCUGUAUAUUUCUCUGAUAUUUUCUUUCUCUUCUUUUUCUUAACAUUUCUCUCCUGUUUCCAUUCCCCCCUUUUUCUUUGUCUCAUAUUUUCUUUCUCCUCCGUUUAUUUACAUCUCUCUCUUCUCUUAUCUCUCUUCAUUUUUUUUCUCUCUCCUCUGUUUGUCUUCUCUUCAGAUUUUCUCAUGUGGUUGCUUAAAUCUUUCUCAUUUUUUCUCAUCUCUCUCUUUACAUGUCACUCUCAUAUUCUCUUUCAAUCCAUUUUUACAUUUUGCUCACAUUUUUUUCUCAUUUAUUUUCUUCCUUUUCUCUCAUAUUUUAUUUUUUUCUUCCAGUUUACAUUUCUCUCAUAUUUUGUUCCUCUACUAUUUAUAUUUCUCUAUUUCUUUUCUCCUCUCUUUCUUUACAUUUCUCUCGUAUAUUCUUUCCUCUCUCUUUCUUUAACGUCUCUCAUAUUUUGCUUCUCUUUUUUUCUUUACAUUUCUAUCGUCUUUUCUUUUUAUUCAUUUAAUUUACAUUUCUCUCUUGUUUUCUUUAUCCUGUCAGUCUUUACAUUUCUCUCAUGUUUACUUUCUCCUCUCUUUCGUUACCUUUCUCUCACAAUUUAUGGCUCUUCUCUUUCUAUACAUUUCCCUCAGAAUAUCUCACAUAUUUACUUUAAUCUCUCUUUUCUUUUCUCUCUGUUUUCUUUACAUUUCUUUUAUCUUUUCUUUCCCCUCUUUUUCUUUAUCUUCCUCUUAUUUUUUCCCCCUAUCAUAUUUGUUAUUUCUCCUUUUUCAUCGUCUUCUCUCUUCCCAGUUUAUCUUUAUUUUUCUCUUCGUCUUCUCCCCCUAUCUUCUAUCUCUUUCACUUUCCUUCGUUUCAAUAUUUUUUUCUCUGAACCACAUAACUAUUUUAUUUCCCUCCCCUCACCCCAAUGUCUUUAUUCUAUCCUCUUCUAG